UGCAGGACCACGAAAGCGAGGAGCUGAAUGAGGACACCGUGGAGAAGAUAGUGAAGUGCAUCAUCCAGAAUGAAGCGAACGUGGAGGUCCUGAAGGAGAUGCUGGGGGAGGGCGACGUGGACCUCCCUUUGCCGGUGCCCGUGCCCAGCAGCCUGUGCCCGCACCGCAGCAGCCAGGACGCGGGCCUGCCCCACCACCACACCGUGCACCUGGGCUCCACGCAGGCCCCCUGCAUGCACUGCAGCCGGAGGAAGCGCCGCCCGCUGCACCGCCAGGGCCGCUCCAAGGAGGGCAAGGGCAAGAUGCACCCCGGCGAGACCACGGUCUUCUCGGUCGGCAGAUUCCAUGUCACCCAUAUUGGAAAAAAACUAGCUUCCCACGAAUCCCAGGAAGAGCAUGAGAGCAAGCAGGACCUUGGCUCUGCGGACCUGGAGCACAGCCACGAGAAGAGCCAGUCGGAGGGGUCUCAGAACGGAAUCAUCCACCCGGAUGGCCUUCAGCAAGGACACUGUCCGGAGGCAGUUCCCCCGAGCGAAAGGAUACCGGCCGAAGAGGGUGCAGAGGAGCCAGAGCGGCCCCUGGAUGUGGCAGCCAAUUCAGAUGUCCGGGUGGACGGGCCAGAGAAGAAGGAAUGCCCAGAGGGAAGUGCAUGGGAAGAGGCUGGCCUCAGGGACCCUGCCACAAGGAAUGGGUCUCAGACGAGCCCCUGCACAGGACCCAAACGGCCGGGGGAGACGGAGCGUCUGAAUACGGCGGCGGAGCCUUCUGAGAAGGAGAGCACUCCAAGGGCAGCCGAGGAAGGCUCGGAAAGCAAAGGAAGUCCGCUUCUCCACGCAGGAUCCAGGCUGGAUCUAUCUAGAAAGGACAUCACUAGGACAAGCAGCACAGAAUCCCAGGGACGGAGCCGCGGCGCGCAGGACCCAGGAGCCUCCGUGUGACGUAAGUGCCGCACUCUGGCCGGCAACAGCACUCUGGCCAC